GAAUCCCCGGAUGUUGAAUACACGAUUUUACAAUGUACUUCCGGUCAUCUUUCAUACGUAGUUCACUACACCUCAGCUAGUACCUCAGCUGCGUUUCCGUGUAAAAUCUAGGUCGUUUUAUAUCCCCUGCACGGAGCUCUGAGAUGAGAGUUUUCGCUUUUAUGGGGUCUGGUUAGAAGAAGUUCUAGAGUUUGUUGGAUGGGUAAUCGUUGUCUUACAUGUUGUGGAGUUGUUGUGUGACAAGAACCAACUCGUUAUGACUUGCUCAGGACUGGUUUAUCUUCUUCCUCUUCUUCUUCAAAUUCUCGYCGUUCAAAGUGUUKUUCAAAAUGUAACACGGCGGCAKWAUGKUGRYGGUGAUAUUUUUACAAACCCAGACAAUACAUGUGAUGUAAAUUCUUGCUUUAAAUACAAUGAUAUUAAAGUUGGAGGGACAUGGAUGGACAACUGCAAAUGCUCGUGUGCUCAUGGUGACACGUUCGUGGUCCACAACACGACAUGUUUAGAGAACAGCAAAGUUCAUUCCAAACUUCUCGCAAGCCUCCCAACAAAAGAUGCUUCAUUUCGUGUGACGGAUGAUAGUAAUUGUCAGACACAUUUCCACCGUGUUAUGCCAGUCCUCGAUAUCACAAGCCCUUCUAUCAAUUAUACAUUAUGUCUCAUUGGGAGUUACAUUAAAAACUGUAAUAUUAUCAAGAAAGAUUCUCUGUACUUUUACGAGGGAAAGUGGUAUCCAAUAUGGCCGACAAAUAGGAAACAGGAUGCUUUUAUCAUUACUGAAGAUGAUAGCANUUUUAGUACUUCUAUGUUUCAGGAGUAUUUGUUAGUUAUUCAGGCUUCCUGUAAACCAGUAAAAAGUUGUCACGCAAAAGAGUCAUAA